GAAUUUCCAACUAUGGAACAGUUGUAAUCAGACUGAGUCGGGCGAAGUUUUUAUUUUUUUUCGGGAAAAUCCUUUGUAGCACGCGCUGAGAGCUGAGCUUCCUCUUGGAAGGCUAUAUAAACAUUGUCAUACAGCCAGUCAACAAAGGGAGACGAGUUACUCGAGCAGGAGUAGAUGAGAUAAUCAGACAUAAACAGUGAGGACUUAACAACACACAGUUGAGCAUCUGUCAUCAAACAUUGUAUGCCGCCUGGUGCCAGCUUGUUGGAUGAUACACCAUCAGACAGACACAAACCCAGACCCCAGUACUGCGUAAAGCGAGAACCGCCGUGAAACAUUCGAGAUGGUCUUUGGACAAAGCUAUAAAGUCUGGACCACAGAGCCAGACCGGUGUGGAAGGAGGUACAGGAUCGAUUACAUCCCGUACGGAGGCAAGAGAAGACAACGGACGUCCAUCUACCUCGGGAUGAAGUUCCCCGAGGGUGGCGGGGAGACGGGUACGUCAAACGAAUACGUAAUCGUGAGGGAGAGGGGAGGGAGGGAAUCGAAAAAGUGGGCGGAGCUACGCUGCAAGGCGACCCAAGACGCCCAAAAGAUGGCCGACAAGUUCAACGCCUACAGCAGCCAGCUCCAGCACCGCGAGCAGGUGGAGAUAGAGUUCCAGGACGUCAAGGUCGCCCGGAAGGUCAAGGACGAGCACGUGACAUUCGAGGACAAGAUCAGCAAAUAUCGGCAUUUUAUGGACGCGAAGGGGAAACUCAAGCUCACGAAGUUUAGAUCCCUCUGUCGAAGUUUUUCAAACCUGCUCGGCGACCACAAACGCAAACGCACGUCAUCGCAAUCCUCUGACGUCACAGUCGACAAGUGUGACGUAGCCGACACGUUUGAAGAAGACGUCAUCAUCCCAGGACUACCACUGUACAGCUACGAGCCACCAACCUACGAACAAAGUCAGCUGGAUGCUGCACUAGCCAAUGGUUACAUCACAAUUCUAGACAACAACGACAGCAAGAGCCAACACUUCUGUAGUUCCGUAGCAAGCUCCGCCCCUGACGAAGAGUCGGAGUGCCGGUAUAAUCAUGACGUAGACGAGGUAUGUGACGUCAAGAGCGCCAUGCUGCAGGCGUUCGUGCACUUCUACUUCUGCCACACACAGGGGAGGAGCGUCGUCUGCGACUUGAAAGGAUCGUAUGAGUGCAAGAUCUUCACGCUGACCACCCCAGUCAUCCACUCCAUGACACAGAGCUACGGCGAGCAGGAUCAGGGGCUGGAGGGGAUGAGACACGUCAUCAGAAACCACGUCUGUUCCAGGCUGUGUGACCACAUGAAGGACAUGAACACGCUGCUCACUGAAGCCAUUGCACAGGAGGCUUUGGCCAAGCGGAAACAGAAAGUCUAUCACCAUCAGGCCCUAGCAACGAGAUGCUAAGUCUGUGCAGACAUUUUUAAACAGACACAACUGGCGUCUGUUGUCGUGGUACCGUUAGACGAACCUCCAGUAUUAGACUAAAUCACGCCUGGUAUUACAAAACGCGCCAUGAUUACCUUCCGUAUCAAAGCAUCCGAAGUGAGCGACCAGCCAAUGACAAACGCUGUGGCAUAUCACAUGACACUAAGAGACCAAUCAGAUAGUCGUGUCUGUCUAACAUUAACAAGACAGUAAACCCAGCCUCGUUUACCUACCACGGACUGAGGCAGCAUAUAAUACCAAUGUCUUUCACAAAUAAUACUUUCCAUCGCAUGAACUAGUUACUAGGUAAACUUACCACUAGUCAAACCUAGUCCAUGAACAGACCAAAAACGUUGUCAUUUUUUCAACAGGAAAACCUCGUACAAAACAAUCAAGAGUGCUUUGGUUUUCUUGUAAUUUCUUUUACACCCUGACUAUAACCAACCAAAUUCUUAUGUACAGUAUUAUUUUACACAUCCCCGGUGUUUUUAUUCCACAUGUAUUCUUUUUAUGACGUUAUUUUAUCAGCCAUAUCUGAGCUACGCUUUGUUUAGUUCAUGACCAAUAAAUGUAUAUGAGAU